GGAAGUGCAGGUGCAUUGUGGGAAGCGUUUCCACUGUUGACAGCCUAGCUCCCGGUUCCAGGCACCGCAGCCUAACUGAAAGGGCUGGCUCUUGAUGAAUGUCAUAGAUUCUAGACAGCUUCGAAGGAUUGCGAAGGAAACUGGGAUUUUGGGGGGUGAUUCAGGAUUACAAGACCAUUUCUCGGAAGUUCACAGCGAGUAGGGAUCGCAUACGGCCGAGUCCUCCAGAGUGAGCGAGAGCGGCAUCUCUAUGAUCAAGGAGCCAUAGAGCGGGCCUCUCUUUCCCUCCUGCGCAUGAGUAAUAGCUGUAGAGCCGGAAAGAUGGCGGAGGAAGGAGAAAGAAAAAAGAUCCCCUUGGUUCCAGAAAAUCUCCUGAAAAAGAGGAAGGCUUAUCAGGCCCUCAAAGCCACCCAGGCAAAGCAGGCCCUUUUGGCAAGGAGGGAGGGAAAAUCAAAAGAGUUCAGGUUUAAGCGACUGGAGUCCUUCCUGCAUGAUUCCUGGCGGCAGAAGCGCGACAUGGUGCGAGUCCGGCGACUAGAGGUGAAGCCUCAUGCACUGGAAGCGCCUGAUAAACACUCCCUGGCCUUCGUCAUGCGCAUUGAAAGGAUAGAAGGAGUGAGUUCUCUGGUACAGAACACCAUAGCAAAACUUCGCCUGAAGAAAUUGUUCAGUGGUGUCUUCAUCAAUGUCACCCCUCAGACUGUAAGAAUGCUGCGUACAGUGGAGCCUUAUGUGACCUGGGGAUUUCCAAAUCUGAAGUCUGUCCGGGAACUCAUCUUGAAACGUGGACAAGCGAAGAUUAACAAUAAGACUGUCCCUCUGACCGACAACACCGUGAUUGAGGAGCACCUGGGGAGAUUUGGUGUCAUUUGCCUGGAAGACCUCAUCCAUGAAAUUGCCUUCCCGGGGAAGCAUUUCCGGGCAAUCUCCUCAUUCUUGUGCCCAUUCCACCUCUCUGUGGCCCGUCACGCUACCAAGAACAGAGUGGGGUUCCUCAAGGAGAUGGGCUCUCCUGGCUAUCGGGGUGAACGCAUCAAUCAGCUCAUCCGUCAGCUGAACUAAACUGGGACCAGGAUUUCCAGAAGACAAUGCAUUGAAAUGUGCAUUUGUUAAUUAGAAUUAUCAAUGUCUUCAAAGAAGACUAUUUUCUGCCUUCAAAACCUGGAAGGAAGUGGUCGGCAGAAAGACAGCAGGGUGUGAGCAUUGGAAACUUGAGCACAGCCCGUGUCAUGGAAAAGGAUGUUCUCCACAGUGGCUGCCCCUGUCUCUGGAUCAACGCAGGCCGUGGAGGAAAGAGUUGCCCUACUUUGUCCUGCCUGAUAUCUUGGUGUUUAAUGUUGGGUGGGCAAAUAAUCCAAACACCCCUCCCGCCCCUUCCAGUUCUCGGAAGGCCAUGGUCCAGACCCAGGGGCAUACUGGAGUCUGGAAAAAAAAAGUCUUGUUUCUUACUUGUAUUGUGUUUUUGUCAGCACCGGUGGCUUUGUUUGUUGUUUGUUUAGGACAGGGCUCACCUUAAACUCCAUAGCAAUCCUGCCUCAUCCUCCUAAUGCUGAGGUUAUAGGUGUGUGCGCCCCGGAACUUACACCUCAGACGGAAAUGCAGUUCGGAAGGUAGCGAAAGCUUUGCUUGGUUUGUGCUGUGAGGCCAUGUUGCAACUUCAGUUUCAGCUUUGGUCAGGCUUGCCUGUCCCUGAGUCAGUGAUGGCAUUUGUACCCUGACCAGUUUAAGACGGGUUCUCUAUGCUAGGAAGACACACACUCCCACUGUGCUGGAACUCUGUGGUGGUGACACCCUCUUGGCACCGGGCCUCUUGUAUGAGGAUGCAUAUGAGUGAGCAUUCUGUUGUAGAGGAGAUUGAAGUUUAGCCUUGCUGCACUGGGCCUGGUAGGUAGCUCUUUAAUCCCAGUGCUUGGGAGCAGAGGCAGUAGAGCUCCUCAGCUCGAGGACACACACAAACCAACCUCCUCAUCAUCAGCCUCUCCUUACAACCCACACAGGGCUUCACAUUCUUAACAGUUCCUUCCCUUGGGCUUUCCUGGAACCUCACUGUGAAGCUGAGUUAGAAAGAGGAAAACAUUUUAACAGUGCCUCAAUGCAUGCUGGUUACAAGGUCGGUGGGGCCCAGAAUCUGCCAGAGGACAUUUAACUCUGUUGCUGUAGAGCACUGGGAGAUGAGGUGACCAAAAAUGCAUUGCAGUCACGGAGAUGCUCAUGCGAGCCAUACUAAAUGAGGGAACACAUGAAGUGCUCGCCUACUACGUGAGGCCCUGAGAUCUACGCUAAGGGAGCAGGGAGCAUGGCUUCCCUUGGCUUCUGUUUCUGGCCUAUGCGGUGGAGCUAGUAUCUUCCCAAGUGUCUGCCUUGCUCUGAAUUUAAAGCUAGUUUUUAAAAUAAAAGAUUAUUUUAAGGUUUA